CUGAACAUCAACUUUAACGCUGUCUUAUUAAAAUUACAUGUGUUGAAUCGACUUAAACUUCCUGUUUGGCGACUCAACAAUAUUGUAACAUUCGACAAUACGUUGUAUUUGCUAUCACAUUGAAUUUUUUUUGAGUGAGCGGAUUGCGAUCAAAAUGGAAUUACACUGGGUGAUUAUAGGCCCUAUUGUUGGUCUGUUGUUGUUAAUACUGAUCAUCAUUGCAUGUUGUUAUGCAAGGCGUAAAUGUGAGAAACAACGGAAACGACCGGUAGGGAGAGAGGGAGAUGAGGGAGAAGAGGGAGUAGUACCAGUAGAGAGGUCAUUACGGGGAGAUGAGUUGGUUGAAUCUGCUUCGUUUGAAGAUGGUUAUAACAUAUAUAGAAGUGUUCCACAUGAGGAUUCCGAUAACCGAUUUAGAGCAUUCGAAAACAACGAAACAAAGGAAGACGAGAAAGAACCGUAUUUUAUGGGAGAAGUUUAUUGUAAUCUAAGUAUGAAUUAUGUAAUAAACAGUAACACCGGAACAAAGGAAGACGAGAAAGAACCGUAUUUUAUGGCUAUAAAUGAAGAUUAUACUAACGUUGAACUAAACAAUGAGAUAUAUGAUGAAGAUUUUUGUAAUGUAAAUAAAAAUUAUUUAUCAAGUGGAGCAAACAGAAACACCGGAACAAAGCAACCCACUUUAAAGCAUUUGAAAUGCGAUACGAAUGCCUGUAAAAUUUCAUUUUUGUUGUCCAAAACAUCGAUUCUAGGACGGUUUUGUUUUUCAUAUCACCUCAAACAUUUCUUGGAAUAUCUUUCCUUAGACAAUUCAUACCCUGCAGAGACAAUAUUUGCAAGCAACCAAGAUGCGAUCCCAAAUUACUGUUCAAUUUUUCAAAACGAUUUUGCAAACGACACGUUAACAAGCAUAAUAUUGUCAAAUAGUAUUGAACGCAAAUCUGGCUUACAACCCUAUCAAUCAGAAAGUUUGAACAUAUCGUAUUACCCAAAUGGAAUAUUUGUGCAUAAGUUAAUAGGAGGUAUGGGCGGCAGAAUUGCCUUACAAGACAUCAUAUUGCACAUUCCUUCGGAGGCCGUAGAGCAGGACACAUUAAUAACUCUUGGAGUGGUCUGGGAAAAACAGAUGUUUGAUUCCUCAAGGUCUGGCAAUGAAGAUGUUGUUCUUAGUCCAAUAGUCGUCUGUCAGCCAAGCGGGUUACAGCUCAAUCGAUCAUGUACAUUGGAAAUACCUCACUGUGCUUCCCAACCCAACACCUCUUGGAUGAUGGAUGUGAAGACGUGCCAUGGCGAUCUCUUAACAACUUGUUCCUACGAAUGGAACGUAGUUCCAAACUACAGAUUUGCAAUGGGAGACAGAACGGUGGUGAUAGACGUCAACCAUUUUACAUUGUAUACAUGUGUAGGAGUAACAAAAGCACCUUCUCAGGCAGCAAAGCGGAUGCAUCUUGUUAGUUUUCUCGACACAACACAAACAACACAAAACACUGUUAAAGAAAGAGUGUAUUGCUUGAACGAUUACUCGGUUGAUUUAAAGGUCGCAACUGAAAGGGAAAUCUCGUUUGGUGCACGUCCGAAAGUGUCUGACUCCACCCAACUGCUCGUCUACGAUACUGGAAAAGAUGUUGUUGUAGAAGUGGACAACCUCAAUGGCAAAUGGGCAGUUAUAGGCUCGUGCUUUGAGAGAUUACCGUUUGCGCUUGUCUGGGAAGCUUACACGCCUCACUGUACGUUGGUGUUUGAGGGAGCCACACUUCCUGGUAUGAAAUCAGAGAAACUUGUCUGUGAUAUAUUAGCAUAUCAAGAUGGCAACGACAACAAUGUGGGCAAACUAAAAGUUGUUGAAAACGUAUUUCGGGCAUUACCGGAAAGCGCUGUUCUAAUCCAGUCGCAGAGGAAUCAGGUAGCUGAAAUAUUAAAGGAGAUGCUAGACCCAAUAAAUGAAUGCGCAACAAACGCAGGCGACUGGCAAGCGCUAGCCGAGAAAAUGGGAUGCAGUUACGUAAGAAUAAAAUGGCUGGAGACACAGACUGGAAGUCCAACGGCUGUACUGAUUCACCAGUGGUUUGCUGAAGGAAAAACGCUUGGUGAAAUGAUUCAGAAACUUGAGGAAAUCAACAGGCCGGAUGCCGUGAAAGAGUUAAAGAAUCUUGCAACCCAAAAUGAUUGGAAAAUUCAGGAGCUACAUCUGAAUGAAAACAUGGAUGAGUGGGAUGUGCACUAAAUGAAUACUCCUCUACCUUAAUGCGUGAGUCAGAGACGAGCGGACCACAAACGAAAUAAAUAAAGUAAUGUCCGCCUUUGGAGUUAUAAAGACAGACGAAAAUCCGUUUACGAUCAUGAUAUUGGGACUCGUGCAUGGGAAAGUAUAUAAACGUUCAAAGUAUUCACCUAAAAGUUGACAAACAAAGAAACAUUUAUACUAGUUUGAGGGUUAUAUAUAAAUUUAAUGAUUUUAUGAAUCUGUGUAAAUGUCUUUUCAUAUUGGAAUGCAAAUGAACUUGUGCAGUCGUAGUGUGCAUAUUAUGCGAACGUGUGAAUGUGUAUAUAUUUUAUUAAUAAAUAUGUUUUCAUUACAGCUUAUUAAAAAUUAAAACGGUCUCCAAAGAUGCGCUGUGAACUUUGAACGCGUGUUGUUUGAAAAGGUCUAUAUCAACUAGCUGGUUUAAAUAUAAUUUAGGUAUUCUUAUUAUUUUAAGAAACUGCAAACACAGAGAUAAAAUGUAUUGUCCCUUGUAUGUUUCAGUUCCCGGGUUUGUACCUGUAGUUUUCAUCAUUGUAUUGUAAUGCAAAACUAAAAAGACAAACAUCUUGAACAAUAUUGCGCAUAAACGUCGAUUGCUCUUGCAACACAAAACGACUUGGAAAUUCAGGGGCUACUACUAUGUGAAAUCAGGCCAAUGGUUUAGUCAAACCUGAGUAAAAACAUGCAUUUGGUUGAGCCACAUUUAAAUGAAAACAGGCAAGUGGUUGAGGCAAAUCGGAAUAACAAAAGGCAAAUUGUUGAGCCAAAUCUGAACGAAAACAUGAAAGUGGUUGAGUCACAUUUUAAUGAAUAUAUGCAAAUGGUUAAGUCUUAUUUGAAUAAAAACAGGCAAGUGGUAGAGCCAAAUCUGAAUGACUAUGCGAAUGGUUGGGCCACAGUUGAACAAUACCUGAUUGAAAACAAGCAAAUGAUUGAGCCACAUCUGAAUGGAAACAGGCAAGUGGUUGAGUCAAAUCUUAAUGAAUAGAGGCAAGUGAAUGAGCCAAAUCUAAAUGAAAACAGGCAAGAGAUUGAGCCAAAUCUGAAUGAAAACAGGCAAGUGGAUAUGCCAAAUCUAAAUGAAAACAGGCAAGUGGUUGAGCCACUUUUGAAUGGAAACUGGCAAGUGGUUGGGUCAUAUCUGAAUGAAAACCGGCAAGUGGUUGAGCCAAAUCGGAAUGAAAACAGGCAAGUGCCUAAGCCAUAUCUGAAUGAAAACAGGCAAGUGGUUGAGCCAUAUCUGAAUGAAAACAGGCAAGUGGUUGAGCCAUAUCUGAAUAAAACAGGCAAGUGGUUGAACCAAAUCUGACUGAAAACAGGCAAGUGGUUGAGCCAUGCAUGAAUGACAAUGACCCUGUCGAAGAAAGUGAGUCAUAGAUGGGUGGGUCACUUAUGACAACACUGUAGUCAUGACUGCUUUUGGAGUUUAAAGGAAGAUCAAAAAUCCGUCUUGCAGUCAUGAGUUUUGGCUCGUGCAUUGGAAAGCGUAUUUAAAUUCCAUUUAUCUUAUCUGACAGUCAAAAAACAAGGAAACAUUUAAUUUCGUAAGGAUAUCUGAAAAUUCUGUCUUAUAUUUUGGUAUUGGCAGUUUUAAAAUGAUCAUGUACUUUCGUUUUAUGCGCAUGCAAUCGUGUGAAUGUGUACAUAUGUAUUCAAUAAAUAUAUAGACUUUCCUCUAUAAAUUAGUUAACCAUAUGUAUAGUGUUUUACGUCUUCUUAGCAUAAUUAGUGUAUAAAGAAUUUAAGAUUUUCUUUAAGAAAAAAAUAA